AUGCUAGCAUCCAUAUCGGAUAUCACUAUGAAACAAUAUUCUAGUACGUACAGAUUGUGGUGGCAGUUUUGUAUAAAAAACCAAGUAAAUACUUUUGAAGCUCCAUUAUCAUCCAUAAUAUCAUUUUUAGUGGAUCUGUACGAAAAUGGAGCAUCAUAUGGGUCUAUUAAUAGUCAUCGCUCUGCCCUAUCUCUACUCCUCGGGAAUAAUAUAGGGUCAGAUGAACGAAUUAAACGGUUAUUAAAGGGUAUUUAUAGACAAAAACCUUCCCUUCCCAAAUAUACAAGUACCUGGGAUCCGAAAACUGUGCUUGAUUAUGUAUCGAAAUGGUAUCCAAAUAAUAAUAUAAGCCUAACAAAACUUACAAAGAAAAUGACUAUACUUUUUGCUCUGUGUACUUCUCAUCGCGUACAAACUCUCUCUCUAAUAAGAAUCUCUAAUAUCAUAAGAUCCCCGUCAGGUGCUAAGAUCUUUAUAACUGACAUAAUAAAAACUUCAGCACCAAAUCAAGAGCACCCAGUAUUAUUCCUGCCUUAUUUUGCGGAGAACCCAAGCAUAUGUCCAGCAAGAACCCUUGACGACUAUCUUAUAGUAACAUCUAGGCUACGACCUAAAGGUACUGACAAUCUCUUGCUUACUCAUAAGAAACCUUAUAAAAAGGCAUCGUCACAAACUAUAAGCCGGUGGAUAAAGCAGACUUUAGCAGAGAGCGGUGUGGACAUAACUAUAUUCACUGCCCACAGCACCCGCCACGCUUUUACUUCGGCAGCGGCUUGCUCCGGAGCUUGUAUUGACACCAUAAGAAAAACGGCUGGGUGGUCUACCUAUUCUAUGACAUUCGCUAAGUUCUAUAACCGCCCAUUAACGGAUGAAGGAGAAUUUGCUCGAUCCGUCUGUGCGAUUAGUAGGUAUGAACAGUAA